AUGGCUUGGGAAUCAGUAAUCAGGACCACACUGUCCAUCCUCUACCUGAUCCUAUAUCCUCUGGUUUACGCGCUAUGCGGGAUUCUUAAGCUAUUACAACUACUGGCCACUCCAUUUAUGAGUCUGAGUCUCAGUGUCCUUCAUCUCUCCCUCUGGCCUUUCAGAUUCCUUGCAAGAUUCGAGGUAAUCUUCAUAUACCUAGCAAUGGCCAUAAUUAUUGGCGCAAUUUCAGGCUUGGUUAUAUAUUGCAUCUGUGCUUUCACCGUGGACUAUCUUCCUGGUUUUGUCCUAGAUUCAUCACGGUCUCCUUCGCUAUCAAGAGAGCAUCCAAAAGAGAAAGCUCGCCAGCCGAAGACUGAGCUGGAAAGUUGGAGUCUUUCUGAUAUCCCUUCUUACAAGUACGGAAUUGUGCCCAGUGACUACUAUGCAAGAUGGGGUGAUCGAAAGGACGCCGGGCCGCUCUCUUCGACGAUUCUGGAGGAAGAAGAGUCCGAACGGGAGUUUAAUGACAGCCUUGGACAUGGAUAUAAACGGGGAAAGAAGGAAGAUGUCUCUUUAUCGGAUUGA